AUAAAAUUUAAAAUCUAAUUGAAAUUUGUUGCAUAGAUACUGUAAAUGUUUAUUUAUUUGAUUAUGUUUUCAGUACCUGUUUAAUUAUCUUUGCAUAUUUAUUUGUGUAUGUUUAUCUCUUGUUUGUUGUCUUUGGACCGACAAAAUGGACAAAAGAAAUUUGAACAUCGCGGUCAUCGGAGCUGGCGUUAUCGGUUCCUCCGUAGCUAAAGAACUGCAGAAAGAACUUCGAAACUCCAACAUUACCGUCAUCGCUGACGCCUUCCACGAGGACACGGCUAGCUGUGUGGCGGCCGGUAUCUUCAGACCUGGCCCGAGUUUCAAAGGAUCUACUCGCGAAAUCACAAAACAAUGGAUCGACUAUUCUUGGAACUAUUGGAGCGAGAUAAUGAACUCUUCGGAUGCCGCACAAGCGGGAAUAAUGCCGCUUCCAGUCUAUAUAUUCUCAAAAACCAACUACCACGUGACCAGGAACCACUUGAUCGAAGACCUGGUACCGAUAUACAGAGAGUGUGAUGUAGAUGAAUUAAAAAUGUGCGGGAAAGGUUGGAAGUACGGCUCCUAUUACUUAACAUUGAAAAUCGAGUGUGAUAAAUACCUGCCAUGGAACGAAGUUUUAUUUAAACAAAACGGGGGUAAAAUACUGAAACAAAAGGUCGAAUCUUUUUCGUCCUUAAAAGAUUAUAACUUGGUGUUUAACUGCACAGGAAUGGGUUCAAAAUACCUCUGCAAUGACCACGAUCUAGUACCGAUUAGAGGUCAAGUAAUAAAAGUCAACGCGCCAUGGUUGAAGACAUCAUUUUAUGGGGACUACGAUACUUAUGUUAUACCAGGCAUGGAUGGCAACGCAACUUUGGGCGGCUGCAGACAGUACGACAGCUACAAUAUGGAGGUGGAUAAAUAUGAUUCGGCCUCUAUUUGGGAGAGAUGUUGCGAUCUGGUACCUUCGUUGAAGAAAGCUAAGGUUAUAGGACAUAAAGUAGGACUUCGUCCGCAUAGAGUACCAGUUCGAGUUGAGCGGGAAGUGAUGGAUGGUUUGAGCGUGGUACAUUGUUAUGGGCACGGUGGGUACGGGGUGAUGGUAGCUCCGGGAACCGCGAAAACGGCUGUACAGAUAGCCGUUGAUGCUCUGAAGAGAAAUUCUCAAAGUAAAUUGUAAUUCAGGCGACUUGUUUAGUUAAUAAGUAAUAUACAUGUAGAAGUAAAUAUUGUUUGUAAAACCCAAUAUUAUUUUUAUAUUUUUAUUCUAAACCCUUUUAGUUCUAUUUAGGUAAGUUCCAAUAAUCGAAAAAAUCAGAAAUACCCUAUUUAUUAUAUAUUGACAUAAUAUACGA